AUGUAAUACUAUUGCUAACUGCAUUAAACUAUCUUUACUUAAGUUUGUAUUCAAUAAGAUUGUACAAAAAAAGGACCAUUAUGUAACAAAUGUAUUGAUACUCAUAAAAAUCAUGUUUUAUAAAAUUUAGAAACAUAUUUGAAUGAUUAUACAAAAUAUUUAAAUAUGGAGUAUUAAGCAUAAAUAUUGUAAAAAUUAGAAUAAAUGAAAUAAUACUUUCAUGAUAAAAUUUCAUCUUUAUAAAUAGAUGUAAAUUAUAUAGAUGAAAAAAGAAAAAAAGAAAUAAUAAAAUAAUUGAAAUAAGAAUAAAUGAGUCCACAAUAAUAUGAAUCUAAAAUGAUUGAAUUAAUACAAAGAGAUUAAUUAAAAGACAGAGAAUAUUUAUAAUAAUUCUUUUAACAAAUAAUUGAAAUUGAAAAAGAAAUGAAAUUCUAAUUUUCAUAACUACCUAAAAAAUUAAUAUAAGCUUAAUAUCAUCAUUAACCUUCUCAUUAAUCAUAAUAAAUAAUUAAUAAUAAAUCUAAUCUAUCUAGUGAAGUUAGAGAAUUAUCACCUUUAUUAUCUAAUAGAUCAAAUAAAUCUAAAGAACCAAUAUUUUCAUAAAAAUAAAUAAAUCAAUCUCCACUUUCAAAAUAGUUGCUAUAAAGAGAUUUAAUGCCAGUUGGUUCAUUUAAUAAUUCUAAAUUAAAAAAUUAUUUUACUGAAUAAGAUUCAUAAAUAUCUCCUUAAAAUUCAUUCAAAAUUAUUAAACCAUUUGAUAUUGAUAAAUCAUUAAGUAAUCAAAGUAGAAUUGAAGGAUAAAAAUCAAAAUCUUAGAAUACUUCAUUCGAUUUAUCUAAAAAAGUUGAACCAUUCAAAAAUACUUAAUAAUCAUAAAUUAUUGAAGUUCCUUUAAUAAAUAAAUAUGAGAAAUCAGAUUCACAAGAUUUAUAUAAUUAAAAAUAAAGAUUAAUUAACCCAUAAGAAUUGCCAUAACAAUAAAUAAUAGGUUAUUAUACAAACUAAAAGACUUUAACCCAAAAGGAAAAUAAUGAAACUCAUUAAAAGUCUCCUUCUAAUAAUAAAGCAUAAUUUUCAAUAAAAGAAGAAAAAUUAAUCUAAUCAAAUUCAAACCAAUAAUAAAGUGAAAUUUAUUAUUAAUUUUAAAAUAGCUAAGCAAAUGAAUCUUCAAAUUUUGAUUUUAGAUAAAGAUUCUAAAAUCAAGAUAUUCAAUAAUUCUAAACACCUUAAUAAAGUACACUUUUUAGAGAAUAGGAAACAAAUAAUUUAUAAAAUGGUAUGAAAUUGUCAACAUAAUCUGCCAUAUCAGGAAUAUAUAAUGAAAAUAAAUCUUAAUAAGAUAUUUCAUUUAUUAGUUCUAAGUAUAAUAUUUCAAUAUCAUUAGAUCAUUGCUUUCUCCUUAAAUUAAAAUAACCUAAAAUUUACCAAAUCCAUUAAAAAUUGAAAAAGAAGAUACUUUAAAAGUUCAUGAUAAAAGUGUUAAGGAUUUAUGUUUUAUGGAUGAUGAUAAGAUAAUUACAUGUUCAAAAGAUUAAAGCAUCAAAAUUUGGGAUAAGUAUAGUUAUGAAUUUAUUAGAAAGGAGAACUAAAUAAUUAAAAAUGGAAUUGAAAGAUCACACAGAUUAAAUUUUAUGCAUUGCAUUUUCAUUAAAAAGGAUAAUAGUUAGUGGAUCAGUUGAUAAAACAAUUAGAAUAUGGAAACCUUAACCUUCUUGGAAGAUUGCAUUUGUUUGUUAAGGACAUUCAGAAAGAAUAAGAUGUGUAGAAUUUGUAGGAAAUUUAAUUGCAUCUGGAUCAGAUGACACAACUCUUAAAUUAUGGGAUUUCGAUGGUUAAUUAUAACAUUCAUUCAAAACUAAUGGAAGAGUUAGUGCAAUGGUAACAGAUAAAAACCUUAUUAUUGUUGGAUGUGGUAAAAACAUACUUGUAUUAGACACUAGAACUAAAAAUAAAUAAUAGGAUAUAAUAGGUCAUAAAAAUUUGAUUUUGUGCUUAUAAUUAAGCAAUUAAAAUUAAUAGAACAAUUCAAUUUUAAUAAGUGGAUCCAAAGAUAAUUCUAUUAAAAUAUGGUCUUAUCCUAAAAUUUAAGAAAUUAGAGCUUUAUAAGAUGAUUAUUCUAUUCAUUCUCUGUUCUUUGAUCCAAAUUCUUAAUACUUAUUUGUUGGAUUAAUGGGUUUCGAAUAAGAAGGUAAAAUUUCUAUUUGGUAAUUGGACAAUCAACCUAAAAAAAUAUAAGAAAUCAUUUCAAAUCAAUAUGGAUGUAAUAAAGUAUUGUAUGAUGGGUUAUAUCUUUAUAGUGCACAUGAAAAUAAAAGAAUGGAAAUUUAUUCUAUUAAAAAACUUUGA